CCACACCAUUCUCAUCUUCUCCAAUCAGAUACCAUUAUCGUCUCCGAUGCCAUUGUCCUCCUCUUCAGCGCCGUCUUCGGCGCCUCGCCGCUGUCUCCUAAGCUCCCGUCGGCGUCAUCUUUCGCGGUCUCAGCGCCAUCUCUUGAGGUCUCGUUACCAUCUUCUUCUGCAGUCUCGGUGUCGUUGCCUUCUUUGUUGAGAUCUCGGCGCUGUCUUUGUCAUCUUCAAGCAGGACGAUUCGGUUCACCUGGAAUCUCAUUACAGCUGGUUAUGUCGAACAAUCUGUAUAUAGAGAAGACGGGGCUGAUAUUACUGCGAAUUCUCUUCAUCCGGGAACCAUUGCCACCAACCUUUUUCGUCAUAUGGGUGUGGCCAAUGGGACCAGCAACAACAUGCUAUGUAGCAUUGCACCCACAAGUAAAGGGAGUUAGUGGAAAAUACUUCUCUGAUAGCAAUCUGUCCAAAAUAACCUCCCAUGGAACUGAUGCUGAUUUGGUUAAGAAAAUCUGGGAUUUCAGUAUGAAUUUGAUCAAGUUACAUUAUAGUAUUAUACUUGUAUUCUGAUCGUACAUUUCACAAACAUGAGUUUCAAGCUUCGAACUUGAUGGGCAUACCAAUUUAGUGCUAUUUUGUUUAGAUAAAUUAAUUUUUGUAUUUCCAAAGUUUGGUUGAUAUAUUAUUUUUAUUGGAGUGACAGAUCGAGUUACCCCUGCAUUUCAAGAUGGUCCUAGUCCUAAUUAGAAAAUUACUUUAUUAUGUUAUUCUGCACAUAAACAAAUCUGAAAAUUAAGUUUUAAUGGUGGUAAAUGUAAAAU